AUGUCUCUUGUCCCCGAAUACAAUUCCUCUUCUUUGGACUUUAGGUCCGAUACUUUUACCAUUCCUACCCCUGAACUCUGGCAAACAGUUGCCGAGGCUUCUCUGGGUGACUCCAUUUAUGAAGAGGAUAGGGAUACGCAUCUGCUCGAACAACGAGUCGCUAAAGAUUUUUUGGGCGGGAAACUAUUCAGUGGCGCUGAUGCUCGCGGUCUAUUUUGUGUUUCCACCACGAUGUCGAAUCAACUGGCCAUUCGUACCCACCUCAAUUUUGCUCCUCCAUACAGUGUACUGUGCGAUAAAAGAGCACACGUUUACGUUGAUGAAUGUGCCGGAAUAGCAGUAUUAUCCCAAGCUUUGGUUAUCCCGGUAGCAGCCUCAAAUGAGCGUUUUCUCACUUUAGAGGACAUCAAGGAAAGCUAUAUCCCCGAUGACGGUGAUGUACAUCUGGCACCGACCAAACUAAUUUGCCUUGAGAAUACAUUACACGGCAUGUGCUUUCCUUAUGAUGAACUCAAGCGCAUCAGCGAUUGGUGCCAUGAAGAGGGUAUUAAACUUCACUUGGAUGGUGCCCGAUUGUGGAACGCGGCGUGCGUAUCCAGGGACCUUGACCCUAAAACCUAUCUACGAAAUAUUGCGAAACUCGUUGAUUCAGUCUCUUUGUGUUUUUCUAAAUCCUUGGGAGCGCCGAUCGGAUCCAUGCUUGUGGGUGGUUUGAAGUUCAGAGAGAAAGCCCGCCACUUACAAAAGCAACAGGGCGGUGGAAUUAGACAAGCAGGAUUUAUCACUCGGAUCGCUGACCAUUGCUUGAAUGUUAACUUUCCCGCUACCGUGAGCGAGGUUUGUAGGCGCACCGAAGAGUUUUGGCUGGAUUUACAUUUCAAUUUGAAGACGAAGCAAAGAAUGGAACUUCAGUUGAGUCAUCCAGUCGAAACUAAUUUUAUUUUCCUCGAUUUGCCAAAAUCUGGAAUUAACCUGAAAAUCUUGUUGGAAUAUGGUGAAAGAAAUAAUGUCAAACUGUUUGAUGGAAGACUUGCAUUUCACUACCAGAACAUCAAUUCAGAAAGCCUCGCUGUUCUGAAAAAAACUUUCAUUGAUAUCGCAUCCUACUAUCAAACACACGAAUACCAUUCAGAGGAAAUAUCGGCCAGAAUAUAUUAG